AUGAUGACUGAGAACAAUGAGAUGGAGAGCGACUCGCAGCUUCAGCGCUCUCCAAGCACCAUGUCCAUCCAACCCAUGACGUCCAAGCUCCAGAGACUAAAACGCUCGCUGUCUUUCAAGACCAUGAUGCGCAGCAAGAGUGUGGAAAACUUCUUCCAAAGGUCGUACAGCGAUGCUCGCCUCCCCCCGGAUUUCAUCACAGACCCGCCGCCUCCCUCUCCUCCGCUGAUGCCCGGCUCUCCUCUCGUCGGCGACCGCUCACCUUCCAUUUCGCCGUCCCUCAGCCCCAACCCCUCCAUUGCCUCCCACUCCCCUUCUCUCAGCCUUUCCCCAUCUCUACCCAUCAAGCCUCCCGGACCUCAGAUUACCCACUGUUUCCAGGACCAUGUCUUUCGCAAGCCCACCAACUGCGAGCACUGCAAGCACAUGAUAGUGGGAAACUCCAAACAAGCUUUGCGGUGUAAAACGUGUAAGAUGGCUGCUCACCUGUGGUGCACCUCAGAACUAUCGCAGCAGCUGUGUCAUGGGAAGUCUGGAGCGUUCAAGCGAAACUUCAGCUCGCCAAUGCUUGUCAAUGACCAACUGACCGUCGUCAAGGAAGUCCAGCCAAGCCAAGAAGCUGCGAGGAUGCGUGUAGAUCCUGUGUAUGCCGCCUUGCGCUACGGGACGUCCUUGGCACAGAUGAGCCGUUCCAGUUUUGGCAGUUUGUCAGAAUCUCCAACACGCACCCUGGGGGAGGGAGAUGAGGAGAACCAGGAGACACAGUGCAGCAUGGAAGAGGAGAUUACUCAGGAGACAGGGGAAAAUUUCUCACCACCUCCAGACACGCCUGUCCCUGACACAGAGAUCAGCAAGGAGGAAGAUGCAAGCAGUGGUCAAGCUCAGACGCCUGCAGAGGUUAGAAGUGUGCCCAAGCGUAUUGAAGUUCACUCCAUCCACACUUAUGUAGCACUCUUCAAGUUUCUGCCUCAGGAACAGAACGACCUGGAACUGCAUCCUGGUGAUCGGGUGCAGGUCACUGAUGACUCUAAUGAGGAGUGGUGGAAGGGUAAAAGCGGUGAUAGAGUCGGAUUCUUCCCUGCCAACUUUGUGCAGAGGGUCCGGCCAGGAGAGAGAGUGUGGCGGGUCGUCCAGGGCUCUUCUGGCAACCGAGAAAGAGGACACAUGGCCGUGAGGGAAUCCCAGAUCUGUGUGGGGAAGCGAGAAGACGGUGAGGUGUUUCUAAAGCUGAGCAGCGGGAAGAAGAGAGGGCUGGUCCCAGCUGACUCCAUCGAGGAGAUCUGA